AUGGGUAAGAAGAAGGUUCUCGUAUGCUACGGUGUGGAUAUUGAUGCGGUUGCUGGCUGGCUGGGAUCAUAUGGGGGUGAAGAUAGCACCAGUGACAUCAGUCGAGGAUUGUGGGCUGGCACCACAGGCACACGCCGCGUUUUAAAAUUGUUCGAAAAGUAUGGUAUCAAGGCAUCCUGGUUCAUUCCCGGUCAUAGUCUGGAAACUUUUCCUGAAGAGUGUGCUAUGGUGCGCGAUGCUGGCCAUGAGAUCGGCUUGCAUGGUUAUAGCCACGAAAACCCUGUGGAUAUGACCAUUGAGCAACAGAAAGACGUCUUGGAUAAGACAUUCCGCAUGCUGACAGAGUUUUGCGGGAAACCACCUCGCGGGAGUGUGGCACCGUGGUGGGAAACCAGCGAAGAGGGAACAGAGCUCAUGCUCAAGUACGGAAUAGAGUAUGAUCACUCCAUGUCGCAUGAGGAUUGCCAAAUGUAUUGGUUGAGAACUGGCGAUACCUGGACCAAGAUCGACUACACACAAAAGGCCGAGACGUGGAUGAAGCCCUUAGUGAAGGGUAAGGAGACAGGUCUGGUGGAGAUUCCAGGGAGCUGGUACAUUGACGAUCUACCGCCAAUGAUGUUUAUGAAGAAAUCCGCAAACUCACAUGGUUGGGUAAAUCCUAGGGAUGUCGAGGACAUUUGGCGGGAUCAUUUCGACUACUUCUAUCGUGAAUACGACGAGUUUAUCUUCCCGAUGACUAUACACCCGGAUGUUUCAGGCAGGCCACACGUGUUGCUCAUGCACGAAAGAUUAAUUGAACACAUCAAUAAACAUGAGGGCGUUGAGUGGGUCACCAUGGCAGAGAUGUGCGACUACUUCAAGAGUAAGAAUCCGGCACCUGAAGGUGCUAUGAUGCCAGCGAGCAGAGAAGAAGUAAUGAGGAUGUUAGAGGAGACUAAAUCGAGGUAG